AUGUCGGAAAAAUACAUACGCCAGCAAAAUCUGGUCAUUCUGCCACCAGAGCAGCCGAAACACCGGCCGUACGAUUGGCAUGCGAACAACAGGGCACAAAAUGUGUUCUCUCUCGACCAGCAAGCGUUGGCGGAUCGCGUGAUAAGUGAAAGCGAUCGUGUGAUCGACGAAACAAAGCACACUACGGAGGAGAGCAAGAGUGAGGUCGACUUCCGGCUGCAGGAGCGCAUCGAGGACAUCCGGUUCCGGCGGGACGAGCUGCAGCAGCAGAAGAAGGAGGCGCACAUCGAAGAGGAAGCGCUGAAGGUGUACAAACGACGCACGAUCGAUGCAAUCAACACGCUGCGGGAAAUAGCGGUUCCACUGUGCCAGAAGUGUAUCGUCCUGCGGGAAGGACGCCAGGGAACGGACCUGGUGAAUGACGGUGUCGACCGGGAGCUGCGCAAGGAGCUGGACGUGACGGAGGGUGGUAUCGCGCUGCUGGAGAAGGUGCUGGAGCAGUGCGUGGAGCAGAUCCGGCGGCUGCGGGCCACCAUCUAUCUGCUCGAUCGCGACCUGGCCGACAAGGACCGCUCAAUACGGAUCGACGAGAAGAACCUGGAGUUGCGCCCGAACCAGAUGGAGAUGAAGGUCUACGCCGGAAGGGUGCCACUUGAUCCCUACAACUCCACCGAUGAAGAGUGGAUCAUGGUGACGAACAAAAACAUCGAGGCGACGGCAAAGGAGAUCAACUCGGCCCAACCCUUGCGCUCCUACAUCGAUCAGCUGCUGAAGCAGGUGGCCGAGGACAUUCGCACGCAGGUGGAGCGCACGAACGCCGCCUUCCGGCAGCGCACGGCCGAGCUUCGCUACACGAAGGUGAAGCUGGAGAACGUGCACAAGGAAACGGUGCGCCAGGUGAACGAGCUAACGCGCACCGUGACCCGGCUGGAGCGGGAGAUCGCGGAAAAGGAAGGCUACGUGGCGUUGGCCCAAACGCGCCUGGCCAACCGCUCCCAGCGACCGGGGAUCGAGCUGUGCCGCGACAACGUGUACGAGGGGCUGAAGAGGGAACUGGCAGCGCUGCGAGAAACCAUCGCCAAGCUAGACGGCAGUCUGGUGAAGUCGAAGGCAACCCUGCGCUACCUUCUCAACACGCAAGUCAUGCAGGAGGAGGAAAUCAAUCUCAAGACGCAGUCGCUACGCAUCGACGAGGUGGACUGCAUGACGAUGCGGGAGAGUUUCAAAUUCCAAGAUUUCUAA